CCGAGGCCACGCCCCCGGAAGCGGCGCGCGCGUUCGGAAGGCGCGCGGGACUCGGGACGCGGUGAGCCCUGCGGCGCGAGAGCAGGACUCCAGGGCACCAUGGGCGCCUCGAGGCUCUACACCUUGGUCCUGGUGCUGCAGCCUCAGCGAGUCCUCCUGGGCAUGAAGAAACGAGGCUUCGGGGCCGGCCGCUGGAACGGCUUCGGGGGCAAAGUUCAAGAAGGAGAGACCAUCGAGGAUGCGGCCAAGAGGGAGCUACAGGAAGAGAGCGGUCUGACCGUGGACGUGCUGCACAAGGUGGGCCAGAUCGUGUUCGAGUUCGCAGGUGACCCCGAGCUGAUGGACGUGCACAUCUUCCGCACAGACAGCGUCCAGGGGACGCCCGUGGAGAGCGACGAAAUGCGCCCCCAGUGGUUCCCGCUGGACCAGAUCCCUUUCGGUGACAUGUGGCCUGAUGACCGUUACUGGUUCCCCCUCCUGCUUCAGAGGAAGAAGUUCCACGGCUACUUCAGGUUCCAAGGCCACGACACCAUCGUGGACCACACGCUCCGCGAGGUGGACACGGUUUAGGGCAGAGCCGCGCGGGUCAGGGCCUCAGAGUGUCUGGCACGGGAGUGGACGCAAAGGGAAGAUGCUUCCAGUGCCGCUUACCCGCCCGCCCGGCCUCAGCACCGCCAGACAGGGCGGGGAAGGGAUGCAGGCCCAAAGCGUCAGGGGGCGGUUUUGCCCCACGUCUGGGUGUGGACCGCUGGUGCCCGAGGCCAGUGUGUCUGGGUCCGGGGGCGGGCGGGGGAUGUGCCCUCCCCGCCCCCAAGGGGAGCGUGAGGCACAGGCAGGGCCAGGGCCUAAAACCCCGGUCCAAGCUGCCGUGGCCUAGUCCCCUCCCUUCCCGAGGACAGACCGGUCUCGUGUGGGUUUCUGACCCCAGGUAUCAAGGGGGCAGGGGUCACCCCCACAAAGAACUCACAACUUGACCCAACAUUUAUAAAUAUGUUUAAUGAUAGUUGUUCAUGUAAGUUCACUGAUAAAAAUCUCGGAAUGUCAA